AAUUUUUUUCUUGGUUGCCAAGCAAUAAACUAUUUACCCUUUCUUCUUUCCUCUUUCCUCUUUCCUCUUUCCUUGGUUAAUUUUGGACCUCUGAAGAAACUAGAAGAGUCUAAUUUCUUGAAUUCACAUCCAUGGCUAGUGAGAGUACUGUUGUAUCAGAUCAUCCUACUGCCCCAGAGCACGUCGAGAAGCCGAAUGAAGAAAUGAAAAAAAUUGAACAGGGGGGUUUGCCUCCAUCCAAUGGCAGUGGAGAGGAAGAAAAAGCAAAAGCAGAGGCAUUGCCAAGUCAGACUGCCCCUUCAUGUGAAUCAGAAGAAAAGUAUAAGAAGAUUAAGCCUUCUAUAGCUGAAGAAGUAAAGAAAACUGAUGAUGCUCCUGUUUUGGAUGUUUCAGUCAAAGAUAAACCAGACAGCCCCGUUGUAACUGACAACACUAAAAGCCCACCAGAGGAUCAACCAACAAUCGAUUCAGUUGAAAAACAGCCACAAGAGCAACCACCAGUAGAGUCCGUUGAGAAGCAACUGGAGGAGCAGCCUAAGAUGGAUGAUACAUCUGAAACAUCCGUUGAAGCUGUUGAGAAAUCAGAAGAGCAAGUGGAGGUUUUACCUGUCAAGGAAUCCGAAGCUGCAGUAGUAGUGAAAGAUACUGAAAAUUCAAAACCUGAGCCUAAAAAGGAAGAAAUUCCUGAACCAGUUCCUGAAGUGGACAAUAAGCAACAAGAACAAUCUGAAGUUGCUGAACAAAUUGAGAAAGAAUUGAGUGAAACCUAUGUCGUUGAAGGGCAAUCAAAAGAGGAAGUUGUGGAAUCAGGAAAGAUUGAACAGGAGAGUGAAGGAAAGGAUGUCAAAACUGGGGAAGAGAAUGAAGAGAAAAAAGGCAUUGCCAAGGAAUCAGACGAGCCAAAAACAGACAAAGUUGAGGAGCUGCGUAGCGCCAUUUCUCCCACUGAGGUCACUGAAAAAUGUUUGGAAGGAGACAAUACUUCCCGAGACAUUGGACUGAUUGCCGAAAAUGGAAAAGAAAGCAUAAAAGAUGAGGUUGUUAAUUCAGUUAAAACCAAAAAAAAUGGAGAGAUGGAGGGAAAGGUAGAUGAAGUCACCACUAGUACUAUUAAAGAACCAAUUGAAGAGUCCCAGAAAUCCAAGACAGAAGCGAAAGGAGAGGAAACUGUGCAAACCAGUGAAACUAACUUGGAGAAGGAAAAAGAAGCUGGGGAUAUUGCAAAACCGGAGGUUCCAACUCCAGAGUCCACUGACACAAAAACUUCCAAGGAAGCUCCUACAGAUGAGGUAAUUUCAGUGAAGCAGACGUCAAAACAAUCAAAUAACUUUAUAGCAAAGGUGAAACAAUCACUUGUGAAGGCAAAGAAAGCUAUCAUUGGAAAAUCGCCCAACUCAAAGACAGUCUCUUCUGAAACGAAGAGUGACAUUAGAGACAAAUAAUUUGAAAAGGACUAUGAACCUAAAAGACAGAAAAUACAAGGAUUUCCAAAAGCAUGGUAUUUUUACUUCUUGUUUCAUGUAGAGUGCAUUUGUUUGGUUGAGUAGUGUUUGUCGUUUGCUAUUGGCUACUAUGUGUUUAUAGAGAGUAUACAUGGGCAAUUUUCCUUCUUUUUUUUUCCCCCUUCAGUCCAUUAAUUUAAGGCAUGUGUGUAUAGUGUGUGUGUUUGUGUUGUCAGUAAACAAGAACUUUUCAAUUGUUUGUGAAUAGAGGUGAUGUAUAUAUAGAAUGCUGUUACAGCUUGUGAUUAUUUUAUUUUUUUGAUAAUUAUAGUUGUACUA